AUGCUGGCCGCUUCGGACACUGAAAGCGGUCAGUCAGGGCGUUUGGCCGAAAGUAGUGCUGAGGAGUCUGAGCUGGAAAUAGUCCCUGGUCCAGAGAUCCCUUUGGAUAUAGAAGAUGAGGACAGUCCUGCUUUGGAGCAGGCGCCGCAACAGCAGACAAUGGCCAGCUCAGUCAGAAUAUCGCCUUCUGACAUGCCUUUGCAGUUGCCUGAAGAAGCCACAGUGGAGCCUGAGCCGAGCGGCAGAGCGGCGUGGCGAGUGGGCCAGAAUUGCGGAGAAUAUGUUGCCCAGGUUGGCACUCGUUGCUUGCAACCGCAGUCUCAGGUGCUGGUGGCCAAUGUGGUAGCAAAUGCACGUGCAGCUAACAAAGCAACAACGAAGCAAAUGCUGUCUGAAAUCAGGCCUGGAGAGACUGGAACCCAGCACCAAUCCUUGCCUUUCUACAUGGCGUCCCAACUCCUCGGACUUGGAGCACGGACUGUCACCCGUGUAUGGAAUCAGCUUCAAAGCAACAGCUGGAGGCCUGAGGAACUAUAUGGUGGGCAGAGUCAGAGGGCACAUCCUAGCAGCGGAGUUGAGCCUCAGCCUGAUGACCAGCCGCCUGAAGAUAAUGACACUGCUCAGGUGGCCAUGCGACAUGUCGUUGCACGUGCCAUUUCUUCGGCGGUCGAAGGGCAGAGCGGCCUCGCGUACGAACGUGAGGUUUGCCGGCUGCAACUUGCAGGCGUCAACGUGGGGACGGCGCUGCAUGGCCGUAGGUUCUUUCAAGAGGCGAUUCAGGCCUCAUCAUUGGUGCUGAAGCAGCUGGAGGCAUUCCUGUGGGACACUCCUUUGAGAUCUACUGGCGUGGCAUCCGAUUUCUCAUUGGUCAUGGACCCGGUGAGUCUCGGAACAGGGUUCACAGCUCGCCAUGACACAGUUUUGAUGAUGAACAUCAAUAUUGUGCACAGCGGCACAGGCUGCCUGACAACACCUAUGAUAGGUGCUCCAACUCUUGGCGUCGGAGAGCAUGCUGGUGAGGCCCUGAAAGCACUGUGCCUGAGGACCUUGGCUGAGCACCCAGCUAUGUUUGAUGUGGCGACACUGCAGAAGCGACUCUCCUUGAUAGGAGGAGAUGGAGGCAUCGUGAGUACAUUCCUGGACUGUGUCGACUGGGAUCAAUUUCACAGAGACGACCUGGGAUAUACUCGGGCGAUUAAGAGUUCUGCUCCUGCUCAGGAGCUGUAUACGCUCGCCAAGGACUUAGAUCACCUGUUUAAUUUUGGGGACGGGCGCAUCAUAUUUCGAUCUUUGGGCAAGGAAAUAGAUGAUGUCCCAAAGGGCUAUCUUCGUCAAGUGGGAGGAACAAGGAAAGCCGGCUCUCUGGCCCUGGUGGCAGACAGUAUUAUUCAGCAUCUGAAGCGAAUAACUGUCGGGUUACAGAUGCGGUACCGCUGGAAGCAAGAAGGGCAUGGGCAAUAUAGCCUGACGAGAUUGUCUGAGAUAUCUCGAAGGCUUCUGGAUCCGGCCUUCAUAUCUUUCACUAUGCUAGUGGCUGAUGUAACUCGUGGGCCUGUGAAGCAGCAUAUCCUGACGAUACAGGCUGCUUUGGAACCAUGGUCUAGCAAGUCUGCUGACCUGCUGCUCGUCAAACAGUUGGAAUUCAUCCUGCAGGGCUAUGAGCGUGUCGAGCAGAACAUCAUGGAAAUCGAGCGGCAGUACUGCUUGCUGUGCCUGAGAGUGCGGUGUGUCGCACGUGCUGCGGAUGGGCAAAUGGUUAAGAUGACAAUACCUGAACAUGUACGUGCCUCUGCAGAGAAAUGGUGGCGCACAUCUUCGUACACGGUGCAGCCGGUAUGGGUGCUGGGCUGGUUGCGACAUCUCAUCAGGCAAGUGCUGCCCUCAGCAGCUUUGAGGGUGCAGUGGGAUGUGAUUGACAGAGUGUGCCGUUUCCUCGGCAAUUUGCCUGCAGCUGCUUCGUCGACACACUCAGUGCCUGUGCAAGACAUUCAGCUUGUUUUCAGGCAUGCGCGCCGAAAGAGAAGGAAAACAGCGGAGACUGUGUUCAAUGAUCUGCGCAGCUGGAAUGGGAAGGUUGUCAGGAUCAUUGCCACCAACCGUGUUGUGCAGCCUGACGCCAUCAGCAGAAGCAUCGAUUGUUCGCCUUUUUUUGCACAGGGCAGUGUGGAGGUGACAGCCCGUGCAUCGGCGUGGCACGCAGUACGGCUCCAUCAUCGAGCCCGAGUCUUACGUGGGCCUGAGAGUUCCUGUGAAAGACUUGGUAGUAUAGCACAUCAGCAAUGGGAUUCGCAGCAGAACCUCGCCCCGGCAAGCAUUAUGGCGCGAGUACACCUCAUGAGCGCUGGAGUCAAGUGCCUGGGCACUGAGCGAGAUUGCCUGAUAAUCAACCAGGUGGCCUCUCUGAUGUUGUCUGCGAAAAGGUCUGCGCUUCAUGCUCGGCCUGAGGUUGCGCAAAUUCGUGAGCAUAGAGAACUGAUGGCUGAGAGCAUUAGUGGGCAGGACCUUCAAUUGUAUGCUGCUGAAGGGUACCUCGUUCCAGAAGGCCUGACCUCUGUUGCUGCUAUUCGAGCUGAAACAUCUGCAUCCCUGGCGAAGUCCUUGCCCUCAACUCUUCCGCCUGUUCUGCAGAAAGCACUGCCUGCAACUGUUGACGCUGCAACUGGUCAAACCAAAGGCCUGAUGCCGUCGACUGGAUUGCAGCGCUUGUCAGAGAAGAAUCCGGCCAAUAGCACUUUGCGCGACGCUAUGUGCUCAUACCUGGAGACUGAAGCUGGGAAGAAGUGGCAGCAAGAACGCAGCCUGAUGUUUGGAGACUGA